AACCCAACUUCAACAACCAACUCACCUUAUAGACUUUUUACUAUUGCGCCGCAUGCCCUCCCCCUUCCAUACUUCCUACCACCGUUUGAUUCUUCUCCCCCUCUCCCCACCCACCGCCACUACAACCAAAAGGCCAAGUAUCAGCAAAAAACACCCAUAGUCUAUUACUCUCACCCCCCACCCACCAUGGACCAAUCUGCUGAAUCCGCCAACGCUCCCGGAAAGUCCACAACCACUCUGAAUGGCGGCCAGUCCGUAUCCAAGAGGUUCCGUCCCCAGCUCUCCCUUUUCCCCUCUCAGAAGCCGAACUCACAACCAAAUCUGCAGACUCCAAACCGAGCUAAUGCAACUGAUGAUGUCCACAACUCCAGGAAUCUCAGCCUUCCCCACCGAUGGCAACCUCCAGCACUGGACGGGGACCAUAAACGGCCCCGAAGGAACCCCGUACGAAUCCCUGACGUUCAAGCUCUCCCUAGAGUUCCCGUCCAACUACCCCAUGGCACCGCCCACCGUGCUCUUCACCACCCCUAUGUUCCACCCCAACGUGGAUAUGUCCGGUAGGAUCUGUUUGGAUAUCUUGAAGGAUAAGUGGAGCGCUGUGUAUAACGUCCAGAGCAUCCUUUUGAGCUUGCAGAGUUUGUUAGGGGAACCUAAUAAGUAUCCCCCCCCNCCCCCCUUCCUCCUCCUCCUCCAUCUCAGUACGGCAUCGGUAUUGAGUACUGAUAACGGUCACAGUAAGAGUCCGUUAAAUGGCCAAGCAGCGGAGCUAUGGGAUAAAGAUCCAAAGGAGUAUAAGCGCCUGCUCAUGCUCCGCCAUAAAGAAGCGGAGGAUUGACUGGUUCGUGGGGGAUGUGGAAGGGUUUCUUUUCCGUUUUAGAGACAAAAAGGCAGCAUUGUUUGGGCGUUGGGUAAACUUUAAUUGGCUUGGUAUCCUGGGUGGAGAUCGGACGGAAACGAGACUGGUGCACGGUACGCUACUAUCGUGGUAGUUGGCUCGUGGUAAAUGACUUGACUUGUGUCUAUUAUUGAAUCUGCUUUUUUUUUUUUUAGCCGUUAUUAUCGUUCCCCAC